AAAUUUGAGUUACACUGAGAGCGAAAGCUAAGAGAGACGUUGAGGCAUGGCAUGUGGCAGUUGACACUCACACUCUCUUUUUGUAUUUGAUUUUGAAAAACUUAGCAGAAUCUCCAACAACCUUUUCUGAAAAAGCCAUGAUGUUCUUCUUCAUGCCCUCACCUUUUCCAUGAUCUUGUGUCCACAGCAACCUCAACGGUCCUUUCAUGUACGAGAAUCUAUAAGACCUUGUUCCUCAUAGUGUUUUUCAAACUCCUUGUAGCUAUGGUGGUAGCUUUUGAGUGAGAGUGAGUCAUUUUGAGUGUUUGUUACUUUGUUUUGCUGCUUCUCUGUUUUCCUUUCUGGGUUUCAAAGGAAAAGCUCUGUUGGUGAGGGAAAGUUGUUAAACAUGGAAAGUUUGAGCAACAAGGGUGAAAAUAUGCAGAAGAAGAGAGAUGGGUAUCGUUCACCUCGUUCUGCUGCUAAGGGAGCUAAGGUGGUUAACAAGUCCUUCACUGGUUCCAGUGGUGGGUCGUGCUCCUCUGUUUCAACUGAAGAACCUAAAGCGGCUAAAGGGUCUUCUCCUUCUCCUGCUCCUUCUCCUCUUGGUUGGCCUAUUCGGAAGGCUGCGGUUUCCAAACGUGGGAAAUCAGAUGAGAAAGAAAAUGAACCUGUUUCUCACUUGGAAGAUGCUAAAAUUACCAGUGUCAGUUCAAAAAUGUCUGGGGUUGGUAUGAUGAAGGAAAGGUUUGCAAAAUUGCUGCUUGGUGAAGAUAUGUCAGGAUCUGGAAAAGGAGUUUGCACUGCUUUGGCCAUCUCAAAUGCCAUCACUAAUCUGUGUGCAACUGUAUUUGGACAAUUAUGGAGACUAGAACCUCUCCCUUGUGAAAAGAAAGCGAUGUGGCGGCGAGAGAUGGAGUGGCUGGUUUGUGUUAGUGAUCACAUUGUUGAGUUGAUGCCUUCUUGGCAAACAUUCCCAGAUGGAAGUAAGCUAGAGGUAAUGACUUGCAGGCCAAGGUCAGAUCUUUUCAUCAAUCUGCCAGCUCUGCAGAAACUUGACAACAUGCUUCUUGACAUUUUAGAUAGUUACAAAGCUAAGGAGUUUUGGUAUGUUGACCAAGGAAUUGUAUCCCAAGAUGCAGAUGGAUCAGCUUCUUUUCGCAAAAGAAUUCAGCGAGAAGAGGAGAAGUGGUGGCUCCCCGUGCCUCGGGUUCCCCCUGCCGGUCUCAGUGACAACUCAAGAAAGCAGUUGAAUCACACAAGAGAAUGUGCAAGCCAAAUACUGAAAGCAGCCAUGAGUAUCAAUGGCAAUGCUUUAGCUGAAAUGGAAGUUCCUGAGUCAUAUCUGGAAGCCCUUCCUAAGAAUGGAAGAACUUGCUUGGGGGAUUUUAUUUACCGUUACAUCACAUCAGAGCAAUUCUCUUCGGAAUGCCUGCUUGAUUGCUUAGACCUCUCCUCUGAGCAUGUUGCACUAGAGAUUGCUAACCGUGUUGAAGCUUCAAUUCAUGUAUGGCGUCGAAGAGGUCACUCUAGACCCCCACCGAAUCCUAGCCGUUCAACUACAAAGUCAUCUUGGGAAAUUGUCAAGGACUUCAUGGCUGAUGGAGACAAGAGAGAGUUGCUGGCAGAAAGAGCUGAAAAUAUUCUACUUUCAUUGAAGCAGCGAUUCCCGGGAUUAACUCAAACUACCUUGGAUACCAGCAAAAUCCAGUGCAACAAGGAUGUUGGAAAAGCCAUCCUAGAGGGCUAUUCAAGAGUUCUGGAGAGCAUGGCAUUUAACAUUGUAGCUCGUAUAGAUGAUUUGCUAUAUGUGGAUGACUUGACAAAACAUUCAGAUAGGUUUCCAUUGGUGCCACCGACAGUUAAUGUGGUUUCUCAGCAGAAGCUUUCGCGUUCAAUGGCAGUGUCUGUCUCAGGCACUCCGCACAAAGCAUUAUCACCUGUGCCUCUAAUUAGUCCGGCAAGGGGAGAUAGAGAGAGAACUCCUUUCCUCAACAUCAACAAUAACAACAUCAUCAAACCUCAACGUCGUGGCUUUGGCGUGCGAAGAGCGUUGUCAAAUUAUCUUGGAGGAGAGACCAAAGCAACAAAGAUGUUUAGCAAUGCAACUGAAGUUAAUGGUACAAACCCAAAUUGCAAUAAAACAGAACAGCCAGAAUGUCAGAAGGAAUCGCAUGACAUGAGGAGCAAGACAAAAUAAUGGUUGUAUAGGAAACAAGUUUAUUAACCUGCAGAAACUUUUGUUAACAUGUAUGGCUCCCUUUCAUUGUAUCAUUUACAACUAGUAUCUAUUGUUAGUUGAAAAGAAGAAAACAAUAUCUGUUGUUAGUUGAAAUAGGAAUUCAUAGUUCAUUGAGGUUAUUACAUUCUCUUACUGAAAUAUGUAAUGGUCCAAUUCAUAGGACCAAAUGUAUCAAUUAGAAGAUUGUAUUCAGAUUAAAAUUAUGCUGUUAGAGUUCA